AGUAUUUUGGGUGUACAGUCAUAAAUCGGACUCCGAGGAGCCAGGAAGUAUGCAGCGCGACAGAUAAAGUCGAGAGAGCGGGCGUUUGUUGUCAGUGGACGGGGAUCACACGCUUCAGGGUGAGAGGGAAUUAUAGCCGAGUGCGAAAUUGAGCCUAAUCCAUUGCAGUGGCAGAGACUGACCACUCAGUAGUUUAGAUUUGAAAGCGGGGAGAGAUCACGACCCUGCUUACAAUUAGGUAAAUAUUACGUUAGCACAUUGCUACUAAACAAGACGGAAGAGAAUAGAAGCGGGAUUGCUGUUAUUUCACGGCAAAGGUUUUUCUUGCUCACAAAACAAUUAAAAUUAAGGACAAUUUCUCAGCAAACCUUCAAGAUGCCUCGGGUGGUCCCGGAUCAAAGGAGCAAGUUUGAAAACGAAGAAUUCUUCAGGAAACUCAGUCGGGAGUGCGAGAUCAAAUACACAGGUUUCCGAGACAGACCGCACGAGGAGAGGCAAGCCAGGUUUCAGAACGCUUCUAGAGACGGUCGCUCAGAAAUAGCUUUUGUGGCGACGGGCACCAACCUCUCGCUGCAGUUCUUCCCAGCCAACUUGCACGGGGAGCAGAGGCAGACACCCACACGAGAUUAUGUGGACUUUGACCGGGAGACGGGAAAGGUGUACCUCAAGGCCCCUAUGAUCCUGAAUGGAGUGUGUGUGAUCUGGAAGGGCUGCAUAGACCUGCAGCGCUUGGAUGGGAUGGGCUGUCUGGAGUUCGAUGAGGAGAGAGCACAGCAUGAGGAUGCCCUGGCGCUAGCAUCCUUUGAGGAGUCGCGUAGGAGGACCCGGGACUUUGAGGACAGAGACCGCUCGCACCGAGAGGACCUGGAGGACCCUGUGGCAUCAAAAAUCUGGGACUGAUGGCAUUCAAGGACCAGGUGGGACGUGUGCAGGUCAGGACAUCCUACCAGGGUAUAAGCUGGAAGACUGGAAGACAGACCCCCCACACACACUUUCCCCCAGUGCCUAAUGGAGAACAGACCUCCACACACACACCACCCACCCUCACCCUGCUGCCGGAGGAGUACGCUGCAAGGCCUGCUGGGACAUAUCUGCCACAGCUUGGCAGCACAUGAUGAGGGAGAGGAAGGGAGGGAGAUCUGAAGCAGGGCUUUCAUGUUCACAUCUAGUAUUUCUUACCUCAGAAACAUACCUUCCAGCUCCCUCAGGAAGAAUUGUCUCUUUUCUUCUGAAAAUCUAUAAGGCAAUGCUCUUUAUGGAGAUAUUAUGUAUUGGUCAAAGAAAAAUAACAUAUAAUUAUUUUCUCUACUGACAUCGAGCCUGGAGGAGUCUCAAACAGAACAGUGUUUGGAAGGUGUGCAUACAUGGUCAACGUAUGACAUAUACUGUAUUCUAACGGAAGACUUUCCAUGUGUUUCAUUCUCAAAUACUGACUGUGGUGGAAACAUGAAACCCCCUAAUCAUUUUCAUUACAUUUAAAUGUUUUUUUUUAAUCCAAGUUACAGUAUGUCAUCUCAUAAACUGCUGUGAUCCAGAAUUUUCUGAUUGGACUGUAGUAUUUAGAGAUUUCUUUAAUUAGUGAAUCCCUUUGCUCUGUUGUCUACUCAGGGAAGGAGAUAGAUGAUAUUGUUGGUUUUAUUUUAGAUAAAGAUUUGCAUUUGGACAUCAGGACCCUGUUUUUAUGUGAUAUGGGCGCCUGGCUCUUGAGUACAUUCAGCCGUUACAUUUCUGUGGUCUGAACUUAUACUCAGUCCACUAUAACUCAAGGCCAACAGCACAAUGACAGUCUGCCAUCAGUGGUAGCUGAGAGGCCUCUUAAGGGUUUAUAAACCUGUCAUUUAGUUCAGAAAUCACAGCUCUUCUCUAGCAGGGAUAUCAGUGUCAGCUCUUGAGUAUGUAUGUCUAAGUACAGCAUAUAAGGUUAAUUCCUCUGCUGUGUGGCCUGAACUUGUUUUGAUCACUGUAUAAUGAAUAUGUAUAAUGAAUAUUGUCCAGGUUUUAUGUUUUUCCUGUGUGUGUGCGUGUGUGAGAGCGAUUCAGGACAGGACAGUGAUGGCCAUCUAGAUGAUUGAUAAAGAUAAGAUGGAUGCAGAAUAAAUGGUCCAGUGUUCAUUAGGCCCCAUUCUGCUGGUGGAGUUAGAGGAUGAAUGAUGUGCUGCCAGUAAAAGUAUUAAUAUAGCAUUAGUAUUGAUUUUUAUUAGGAUCCCUGUCUACCCUACCUAAUCUCAGCUCUAUUGACUUGCGGUACAGGCUAGCGCUCUGCCGGCUGGCUCAAUGAUCGAUCACUGUGCUUGUCCUCUCCUCUCCAGCCACCCCCACUCCCCCUGUAACUACGACAGCACUCCACUCAGGGCUGAGGCUUACUGUAACGCUUCUCCUCAAAAGAAUAAUCCUUUGUCUGUAGAGUAGUUGCUGCACUUCAUACAGUAUAUUAUAACGUAUUGAAUCCAUGUUUCAAAUCAUGAUAAAAAGUUGAAUCCUUCCUGAUGUUUCUUUAUAUUACUCCUUAACUCUGCUUGUUUUGGAGGUUGGUCCUGUUCACAUUGCAUGGUGUGUGGCCUGAGACAAUGUUUUUUCUUCAACCGUUACCAAACCGUAACUGGUGUAUUUGGCUCACUGACUCAAGGACAGCUCUGACGCCUUCCGUUUGUAAUCUGGGUGAAUAUGAGUGAUAACUAAGGCAGAAGCAUUCGUGUGUAUGUGUGUUUGUGUGUGUGCCCAUGCAUAUGUGUGUUUGUUGUUGUCAAAAUCACUCUGCAACUACUGAGUGAAACUUUGAUCAGCUAGUUCAUAAAAAUCUUCUUAAAUUCUAUAUAUUAAACUAUAGGGCUAUUAAUUGUUUUGAAGACACUCUAUUUACAUUUAUGAUUCUGAAGUGGAAGAAUGGAUGAGCAUCAGUGUCUCAUUUAGGAUUAAAGUAGUAGACUGAACCAGGGUUAGAAGGAGCUAUUAUGGUGAGUCAUCUGGAUGACGACUACAUGCCAUUUCAGCUGAGAGACCAGCGUCUGCUUUCUCCCUCUGUCUGCCUGUCUGUCUGCCUGUCUGUCCGUCUGUUUCACAGAUAUCUAUGUUGGGAGAGAUGUAGACGCAGACACAUAAACAUAUGUAUCUGUGACAGGCAGACGAGUCAUUUUUUAUUUUUAAAGCAUGCUAUGUUGAAGACUUCCCCAACGACUACUGACUGUCUGCUAUUCGGCCCAAAAAAGAAAAUCAAUUUUUAGCCUCAGCUGGAAGCUCUCUGGUGCCCUCUGCCGAAUAUACUGUAUGACAUAUACUGCACUCACUUUUGCCCCAUCUAAGGCCAUUCUCAACACAUUACACACACACACUCAUGAUAUUGUGUGCUAUAUUAAAUCUGCCCCCCCCCCCCCCCCCCCCCCUCCAUCUCUCUCUCACUGUGCCAACAGCCCAGGCGACAGCAGGACCCCAGCCCUGGCACCAACAUGGGCAACAACGCUGAUGAUCACAAGAUGCGCUAGAGGCCAGAGAGACGCAGAGGGUGGGGUCAGGGUGACCUGUCCAUCGUACUAUGCCAAUCUCACACCCUGUCACCAAGCUGUUAACUGGAGAGACCAAAGUCCACAUUUCUAGGGAUUUAUGGGGUGGGUGGGGGUGGGGCCCUUUUUAAUUUUAAGAAGGGAAUGGGUGAGGUGGGUGUCCAUUUUUAAGUGUGGUGUAAGGGGAUCGACCCAAACCUCCUUGUCUUCUGGUGGGUUUUGCACUAUCUGAUACAUUCAGUUUAGUACCCACAUUGCCUUCUGUAUGCAUGGAGCACCUGCCUACCUAUGUUUUCUUUUGUCCCUCUAUGCAAGCUAUUUCGGCAGCACUUUCUUUUACAAUGCUUUAUAAAUAGGAAAUUACUGGGUGAUUAAAUGGAACACAUUUGUUCUUAAAUAAUUACAUAUUCUUCCUAAAUUGUUACAUUUCUAAUAAUUCCAAAUAUCUUCUUCCAUCUUCCUUAUUGUUUCCCAUAAAGUUUGUUUCAAAUCAGGUAGCACCUGAGGAGCACUGAGCAUAAAUGUAUUUCACGCUAAAUUCUAAUCUAUUGAUAAUUACUAAUUAAAGCGGCAAUCAGAAGUUGAAACAAUAACAAAGCGUCCACCCUGCCCCUGUUUCGGUAAAAAGCUGAGGGAUGGGGCUGGAGAAAUGUAACCACUCUCAAAUUCAUAGACAGAGCUAUGGAUGCAAGGACUGACUAUCCAUAAUAUCAAAAUUAUAGUUUUAACCAUGUUUUGAGGCUAUAUAGUCUUUGUUUACAUUUAUUUUGUUUUGAAACAUUGGAGUAAAACAAGCUUCCCACUGGGCACAUACUGAUUAAAUCAAUGUUGUUUCAACAUAAUUUCAAUUAAAUUACAUUGAAACAACAUGGAAUAGACUUUGAAUUGACGUCUGUGCCCAGUGGGUUAUAUUUUGGGUUCUGAUGCGGUACGACAGUUGAACUAAGCUUAUGAGGCAUUUAUAAAUUACAUUUUUCAAGAAUCAAUGGGUAUGUAUCAUUCAUUUUCACUACAUAACCUAAAGUAUGUGGACACCUGCUUAUCAAACAUCUCAUUCCAACAUCAUGGGCAUUAAUAUGGAGUUGGUCCCCCCUUUGCUGCUAUAACAGCCUCCACUCUCCUGGGAAGGCUUUCCACUAGAUGUUGGAACAUUGCUGCGAGGACUUUGUUUCCACUCAGCCACAAAAGCAUUAGUGAGGUCGGGCACUGAUAUUGGGCGAUUAGGCCUGGCUCACAGUCGGCGUUCUAAUUCAUCCCAAAGGUGUUCGAUGGAGUUGAGGUCAGGGCUCUGUGCAGGCCAGUCAAGUUCUUCCACAUCGAUCUCGACAAACCAUUUCUAUAUGGACCUCGCUUUGUGCAUGGGGGCAUUGUCAUGCUGAAACAGGUAAGGGCCUUCCACAAACUUUUGCUACAAAGUUGGAUGCACAGAAUCGUCUAGAAUGUCAUUGUACGCUGUAGGGUUAAGAUUUCCCUUCACUGAAACUAAGGAGCCUAGCCCAAACCAUGAACAACAGCCCCAGACCAUUAUUCCUGGCACUAUUUAUUCGGGAAGGUAGUAUUCUCCUGGCAUCCACCAAACCCAGAUUUGUCCUUCAGACUGGCAGAUGGUGAAGCGUGAUUCAGCACUCGCCGGUCCUGUUCUGUGAGCUUGAGUGGCCUACCACUUUGUGGCUGAGCCGUUGUUGUUCCUAGACAUUUCCACUUCACAAUAACAGCAGUUGCAGUUGACCGGGGCAGCUCUAGAAAUUGUACGAACUGACUUGUUGGGAAGUUGGCAUCCUAUGACAGUUCCAUGUUUGAAGUCACUGAGCUCUUCGGUACGGGCCAUUCUACUACCAAUGUUUGUCUAUGAAGAUUGCACAUGGCUGUGUGCAGUCCACACAGCCAAAUCCACUAAUAUGAAGGGUGUCCACAUACUUUUGGCCAAGUAGUUUAUAUGUCCAAAAAUGAAUGUAGCAACUGUAGUUUGGAAAUAGGCCUUUUUUGGUUCCAGGUAGAAGAACCAUUUUUGAUUCCAGGUGGAACCAUUUUUGUUUUCAUGUAGAACCCUCUGUGGGAAGGGUUCUACCUGGAACCAAAAGGGUUCUAUCUAGUACCAGAAAGGGUUAAAAAAAUAACCAUUUUAUGUUCCAGAUAGCACCUUCAAGUACAAAUAGUUACCAAUCAAUCACCUAUUUAUUUUGUAUUUAUAAAGGACUAUAAAAGAUUGCUUAACAGCUAUAAUUUAUCAUAUUAUAGCACUAUUUUAAUGAAAUUGUAUUUUUUCUUAUUUUAUUCGUUUUGUGUGAAAGUCAUGAUGUUUACUUUUUUAUUUCUUUUCUCUAUAUAUAAAUACUGUAUUUGUAUGUCUUUAUGCUAUCGUAUGGGAUAUCAGUAGAAUAUGUAAAGUUGUGUUAAAAAAAAGUUACUUUUACAAAGAGACUGUUGAUUUGCCGGAUGAGGAAGGUCUAUCAUCCUCAGCGCUUUCUGUCUUCCUGUCUCCUCCAUGUUAGCAGCAUAUUUUAACAGUCUUUGAACAUGACUCUAGCAGCACAUAGCGCACAAUGAGGUCAGUGUCUCUGAGCUCGCUCUUUGGAAGUUGAGGCAAAGAGGCUAUCUCCUCUGCCUUGCUUUUUAAAUUAUUCUCUUUAUUUCACGUUUCAUUCAGAUCAGAGUUUGUAACGUCUAAGCAGUAACUUUCUCUUUUUUUAAUCCAUUGCGGCCUCAUUCCAGAGAUUUGUCGCACAUUUUGAUCCAGCUCUGGGAUCUAUCUCCCUGAAAAUUAUGCAAGAACACAGCAACGUUAUCUCACUAACUUACCCUCCAGUUUUGUUUGGUAUGUUUCAGGUAAUCUGAAUAUCUUUGAGUUUCAUCAACUAUUGUGCUGUUGUCAGUGUUUCUUCCUCUUCCUUUACAGGAAUACAGUUUUAACAGUUCAUUCAUAUGAAGUUGUCUGUACUGGGGUUUAGAGAGAGCAACAUCUUUAAAGAGAUUGAAGACUCUCUAUUGCAAUAAAUGGUGUGUGUAAACCCUGAAUGGCUAACACGGGGCACUGUAUUGAAGCCACCAUGCAGCCAUCUUGGUACUCCUUCUCCAUUGUAAAAGAUUUUGGAAGCUAUAGAAAUGAAUUUAUUAAUGUCUACAUUUGUUUUUGACACAUUUAUUCUAUUACAGGCACAUUAAUGCAUACUUUUAAAUUAUAUGUGAGUUAAACAUAAAAAAAAUGAAUAAUCUCUAAACUUUUAUUUAGAGAGUACUAAUGUUACUGUCCCCACUACAACAAAAAAAUACUCAAAUAUAUGUAAUUUUGACCGUACAUUUUUUUUUUAUACUGUAGAAUCAUUAAUUCCUAUAGAUGCGGUAAAGAGGUCAAUCGAACUUGACCAAAACAAUGGAAUUGCCAUGGAAACGUGUGGGGGAAAGGGCCAUGGGGGAAAGAUAGCCUACAUUUAGGCUAUUGUUUAUAUGUGUAUUUCACACUAUGUUGAGGUGAAAAUCGGAGUAUAACGCUUUUAUGGAUUUUAACCCCAACACUUGUUCAUGUCAUCGUUACCAAUCAAUUGCAUUACAGUUAAAAACGAAUUUGACUACCACCAACGAUUUCUGUAUGCUGGCUAUAUUUCUGUAUGCUAGAUAUAUUUAUAUAUGCUAGCUAUUCUCACCAGCUUAUACGAACAGAAGUUAGCAUAUAGCAGUCACGUCUUCUAAACCUGAAAAAGGACAAUUUCUACAGACAAAUAUAUCCAAAUCGGACUUAAGAAACCACAUUGUGUACCUGUUACAAUACAUAUAUAAUGACGGAUUUGAUGAAUACUCACUUUGUUAGAUCAGAUUUGUUGACUGUGCGCCAAUCUGGUAUAUGGAAUCUGGUAUAUGGCCUUCCAUUGACUCCUUUAACACAUCUAUGGAGGACUGCUCCUACUGGGGAGUGCCAAUAUGGUUGACCGGUGGCUUCAAAGGCUCUCAAUGGCCAAUACAUAGAAUCAGCAAUCCAGGGUUUAUAUAAACCAUUGAUUGCAAUGCAGCACUGUUUCAACCAGUCAUGAAAUAUUGGGAUGAAAUUGACCAAGAGUCAGUCAGGAGAUUUUUCCCUCAAAAUAAGUAAUAUAGGCAGUAUGUAAAUCAGUUUGAACAGAGAUGGAUUGUACAGUCUGGGGCUCAAUAAACUGCAUAUGAAAUUAAAGGAGAGCUCUAUGGUCAAGUCUAGCAGCAGUGAUGAACCUGUGGUUUUCUCCCAUUAAUUUCUAAUGCAUCAGCUCAGUAUUUUAUUCAAAAUGAAUUUGCUUUAAUUUGAACAAAGAAGAAAGGUGGAGGAAGUAGCCUAUGUUUUGUAAAGGGACAAACGUUAGACAGCAAGUUGUAAGAUGUUGUGCUGGUCAGAAAUAAUGGGGUUUAGGUGGACAGAGGGAGAGGCAGUGGGUUGUCACACUUUGCUAUCGAAGCAAGUUGUAAUUUCAUACAGCAUGGGAUUGUAUUUCCUUGAGUUAGGUUCUUAUGUUUUUAUCCCAAAUAUUUGCAUAAUGUUUCACAUCCCACUAAUGAUGCAGUUCUUUUGCAUUUACAUCUCAUAAAAACAAUGUGUACGGCCUUAGCGUGUUGCUUUAGUGUAUCAAAGAUUUACACAGUCGGUCAUCUCAAGGUAUCAUACCAAUGUGGGUAACAGGAACGAACAUGUUUACGUUAUCUUCCAUAGACCAUUGUGAUGUUUAAACAAUGUGUACAGUAUUUCACAAUAUUCUGGGAGCUCUAUUUCUUUUAUUUUUAUUUUUUUUAUCCCCUUUUCUCUCCAAUUUUCGUGGUAUCCAAUCGCUAGUAAUUACUAUCUUGUCUCAUCGCUACAACUCCCGUACGGGCUCGGGAGAGACGAAGGUCGGAAGCCAUGCGUCCUCCGAGGCACAACCCAACCAAGCCGCACUGCUUCUUUAACACAGCACGCCUCCAACCCGGAAGCCAGCCGCACCAAUGUGUCGGAGGAAACACCGUGCACCCUUGGUUAGCGUGCACUGCGCCCAGCCCGCCACAGGAGUCGCUGGAGCGCGAUGAGACAAGGAAUUCCCUACCGGCCAAACCCUCCCUAACCCGGACGACGCUAGCCCAAUUGUGCGUCGCCCCACGGACCUCCCGGUCGCAGCCUGCUGCGACAGAGCCUGGGGGCGAACCCAGAGACUCUGGUGGCGCAGUUAGCACUGCGAUGCAGUGCCCUAGACCACUGCGCCACCCGGGAGGCCGAUGGGAGCUCUAUUUCAAGUGGUUUGUUUGAUAUCUACUCCAGUGUAUAGAUUACCUGAUAAGUGUCAGUGCACAAAACAUGUUGGACACUCAAAAACUAACUGGCCUACCUCCAGCUACAACCAAAAACAAAUAGAAAUCUUGGUUAUUUUUUACUUCACGAUUUUGUGAAUCUUUUUUUCGGUUAAAUGUUUGUUACAGAUGUAGGAUAAUAAUUUGAACCAGUUUGCUACAGCAGGAAAAUAAUCCUGCAGCAACAGGAAAUGUGAAUUACUAUGUGGAUUUUAAUGAAUGGACAUUUUUGUAGGGGUUGAUAAAUGUUUCUUAAGUGAAAAUCAAGUCUGAAAUGUCAAAGUGGAAAUACAUCUCAAAUACACAACACGUUUUAAAUGUUGUACAUGCAGGAAAGUUAUCCUGCAACAGGGCGAUCAAAUUAAGAUCCUACAUCUGUAAAUAGUGUGAUCUGUGUGCAUGAGGUCAGGAAUGUCCAAAACACUGGAGUUAUGAUAUACCCUACUUAGUGAUGGUGUCAAAGCCUAGAUUUCCAACAUAACUGAUUACAAUCCCUGGAGAACAGGUCCUCCUCUCGUCUCUCCCUUCAUGUGUAGGCCUACUCCCCAGAGCCCCAGCUAGCUGGUACCCCUGUCUGAGCUUCUCCCGUCACUUUAAUGCUGGCAUUAAUGCUGGCAUUAACACCAGAGACUGUCCUAGUUAUCUUUAUAAAUUGUUUAUUUUAUUAUUUGUUUUAAGUUAUUGAUACAGGUUGACCUUUGUUUUGUUCAGGUUACGCAAUGAAGAACUGUGUAUUUCUUUGUUUAAUGGCCUAUCUUUUAACAUUUUACUGAAUAAUUUAGGUUUCUUUCUCUGUUUUAUGGUUUAGUUUGUAUGGCUUGUUUUGUUAAGGGGAAACUUAAAUAUGAAGUGUUGAAUUUGACAUGUUUCGUAAUAAAUUUGUAACAAUCGUU